CCUGGUUGAAUCAGCUGUUGCAUUCCUCAGAGUUGUUUGUUUACAAAAAAAGCGCAGGAAAUAUUGAAACAGUGAAGCAUUCACCCGCCUCUCUUGGGACCCCGAUCCGUUCAUGUCCUCGUCCGCCAGAUUCCGCUCCUUGACCGGGGAUUCAGUCGAGGAUGAAACCACCAAAGAUCCCGGUCUCUCCGUCUAUCCGCUCAAUCCCACGACUGAACAAAUUCACGAAGAUCAAGCCUUAGAAGAGCAAGAAGAGGAACAUCGUCUAGAACAAGAAAUUGCCAAAAAGUUGGAAGGCGCGUUUGACGAUAUUGAGCUGGAUUUGGAAGAAGAUGAAAGUUUCAUGGACGAAGGCCAUUCCGACUCUAAAACACCUCGUCAUGAAGGUCAGCCGUCUCGUGUGCCCGAGCACUUCCUCACUUCUACGCCUUACAUUAGAGGCGGAAUCGAUCUGGAAGGCGGUACGCUCGAGGCCGAUACGCCUCAACGAGAAGAUACGCCCAGAAACGAAGGAGAUUCGGGCCAUUUUAGAGUCCAACAAACGGCCAAUAACGAACAGCUCGAAGUUCUGUAUCUGGCCCGCGGUCAUGAGAUCGAUCGUCUCAAGCAUGAGAUAGAAUCCUUGAGGGGCGAGAAUGGCGGGGAAAAUCGACGUUUGAAGCAUGAAUUAGCUCUAUUGAGAGCCGAUAAUGAGCGGGUAAAUGUUCAAUUGGAGCAGAGCCAACAUGCCUAUCAAUCCACGGCCGAUGAUAAUCGCGCUCUCAGGUCUGAAAUCGACGCCUUGAAAGGGAAUGUACUAAAACAAGAAAAGUCCAAAGAGGAACUAAUUGCCCAUUCAGAGGCCUCGGAUCAUAUGAUUCAGACCUUACAACAGCAAUUGAUUGAUCUUCAACGCAAGGACACGGUUCUGAAAGCCCGAGAACAUCAUGAUGCCAUUGUCAGUUCAUUGAAAGAAAGGCACGAAAAUGAGGUAUUCAAUUUGGAACAAGAGGUGGAUCGUCUGAAUGCUCAGUUGAAACGCUAUGAGAACGAAAUGGAUUCGUUAAGAGGGAAAAUGAACGAGACCCAAAGGCAACAUGAGAGCAUGCUCAUCGAAAAAUCAGAGAGGAUCGAAGAUCUGAGCCAUCGAUUGGCCGAAACCCAGAAAAAACUUACUCAAGUGAUCGUGGCCAACUCGACGCACGACAUGGAAAGCCGAAUAGGUGACCCUUUGAAGGAGAUCGUGGAUUUGAAGACCAAACUAGGAUCAAUAACUCAACAAAGACAUGAGCAAGACAAACACAUCCACGACUUAAUGGACGAAAUCUCGGAGUUGCAAAAACAGUUACAAGACUCCCAAGGAAAGGCCCAUUCUUCCGCGAAGGAUCAAUUAUAUGAGCUUCGAUUGGAAUUGAAUGCCAAGGAUGAAAUGGUGGUCGAGCUGAAGCGUCGAGAACGUGAUUUGAUACGGCAAUGUGAAAAGAUGAAAGAAGACAUGUUAACUAUUCAGCAAAAACUCCGGGAGGUCGAUAGAGAGAGUCUGAAAACCAAGGAGACCAUUGACCGGAACGUGGAGCGGGAGCUGGAUUUCUUCAAGGACGAAAACCAUCGAAAAAACGAUCUUCUGCAAAAACAAGAAGAACGGAUCGAAAACUUGGUCAGUCAUUGGGAAAUCGAAAUCACGAAAAUCCGUGCCAAUCACGGUAAAGACAGAAGAGAGUUGGAAGAAGUAUCCAAAAAGUAUAUCAAUCUGAAGAAAAAGGUGAUUCAUUAUCAAAAACAUGUCAAAAACAAGGAGGCCCAUUACAUGAACGAGAUCGACAGAUUGCGUGAAACAUUUCAAAACACUCUUUUAAACUAUAAGAGUAAAUUGGACGGAGCCUACCAAUCGCGUGAAAAAAAGAUUGAGGACGAAUUGCAGACUUUGAAAGACAAUUUUGAGUCCGAGCUCCAUCGUUUGGUUCAGGAUGAUUUGGUCGAAGGUCCAUUGUCGAUGGAUUUGCAUCCAAAUCCAAUGAAGCACUCUCAUCAGUCGAGCGAUGAGGAGAAUCGACCUCGAAAACAUCUUACAACCUCCAGCCAAAUGGCGAAAAUUUUCGCUGAAGCCACAAGAGAUGCAAAGGAGCAACUGAAGAAACCAUCAGAGCGAUUGCCAUUGUUUCAACAGAAUCAUUGAUUAAAAAAAGAGAAAGUUUUGAUUUCACAGAGAAAGCUUAUUUGCCACAAGGACCAAAUAAAGAUCUUCCAUAUGACACGGA